CAGAUAGGGCUGGCUAUGAACGGGGCCGUCUAGUUUAGGCCAUUGAAAACCUAGUAUCUUUGCACAUAGCAGAAUUCUAAUGGCUGCAACUGCUCUCCUCCCUCGCUCUUGCUUUUGUUCUCUCUUCUCUUCAAAAUUUCGCCCAAAUCGCCAUGAACCCAAAAAAUUUAUCCUCUUGGUUUCUCCUUCUGUUUCUUCUAACCUUAGCUUGUGGGAUUCUAUUAAUUAUUUGAGAAGAGGAAGGAAACAGAGAUUCCAGCAUCUAAUGAGAACAUCAUCGGAAGGUGUUCCAAGUGAGUUAGCUGAAGAUCCAAAAUUUGUUCCUUUAAAUGCUGAUGAUCCUGUAUUUGGACCCCCUGCUUUAUUGCUAAUGGGGUUUGAAGCAGAUGAAAGUGAUAAGAUUCAGAAGUUUCUAAAAGAGUUAGAUGGUGAGUUUUUGAAGGUUAUUCAUUGCACUGAAGAUACGCUUAAUAAAUCCAUUUGGGAUGCAAUGAACACAGAACAGCCCAAUUUAGAAGCUGUGAAGAUUGCUGAAUCUUUGCCGAGAAUAUGCUUCCUCUCUGGAUUAAGUGGGGAGGAAAUGAUGAUGUUUAUUGACGCAUUUCCAGAGACUGGGUUAAAGCCUGCAGUGUUUGCAGCACUUGUUCCUAACAGCGCAAAUAAACCUCUGCUUGAGGUGGCUGAAGAGAUUAUGGGAGACCAUGAAAUGAUGUCAUCAAAACAGUCGAAUUGAUUUCUAUCGUUCUGAAAGAACUCAAAAUUUGAUAGAAGAUAUAUUACGGUCGCAGCUCCCUCUCACUCACGCAAAGUUUUCGAGUUUGAUUUCUGGAUUUAUUUUUGCAGGUUUAUUCGAAAUAUUAGCUUAUGGGGGUGAAAAGAGUAUUUAUAAUGUAUAUUAUUAAUUUUAAAAGAUACAUGCAGAACUCCAUUAAUGGAUAUGUACAGACUAAUAUUUAGGAUUUAUAUUGCAAUUGCAUUAUUAUGUACUCCUUGUGCUUGGCACCCAACUUGUGUGCUUAAUCGUAUUCCAAUGUUUGAAUCCAAGUUCAGAUUAUGUACUCAAUCA